GGACUUCUUGUGAGUGAGUCAGUUCCCAAAGGAGUCCGCGAGAGGAGUGCUGGUCUAAAUUCACUCGUGAAAUUCACAUUUCACCAACGUUAUUAAUCAUGGCGUCAGCGAAGAGAAAGCAGGACGAAAAGAACUUGAAAAUAUUACGGGAGCUCGUUGCACAGCCAGGGAACAAAGAAUGUUUCGAUUGUCGUCAAAGAGGCCCCACCUACGUAAAUAUGACAAUCGGUUCCUUCGUCUGUACGUCAUGUUCUGGCAUGUUGAGAGGACUAACUCCACCCCACCGAGUAAAGUCAAUUUCCAUGGCGACAUUUAUACCUGAGGAAAUUGAAUAUAUUAAAGAACGAGGGAAUGAUUAUUGUCGAAGAAUUUGGCUUGGUUUGGCAGACCCACCAACUCCGAAAAUCCUAGACAUAAAAGAUGAAGAGAAGAUGAAAGAUCUAAUGAUUUCAAAGUAUGAACUGAAACGGUAUUAUUUAGAUCCAUCUAUUCUGAAGAGGUCUCGAAUUCACAAAUCGCCAACGACCAGUGCAAAAUCUAAUGAAACGGCAAUACCACGAGUUCCUCAACCAGGGACAACAACUCCAAUCUCCUCACAAGCUCAGAAAACAAAAAAAUCAGAACCUGUGAAGACGAAGGCAUUUAAUGUAGACUUUGGUGCCGACUUCAGUCAAGUUCCAGAUCCGUUUUCAGCUGCUACACCCACUUUACAGUUCAAUCAACAAUUCACACCUCAGCCGAGCUUUGCCAAUUUUGAUAAUAAUCCUGUCUUCAAUUCUCCUAAAAGUACGGACUCCUCAUUCUCUUCUAACGAAGUGACAGGAUCGUUUGCAAAUUUCAAUGGUAUAACCAAACCACCAUCGGAAGAUCGUUAUGCCGCGCUCAAAGAUUUGGACUCUCUAAUGAAGCAAACGCAAUUGAAAGAGGAGCCGGUGAUUCCGCCGACAUCUGUAUGGGACUCCCACAAUACGACCAAUACGAAUCAAAUUUGGGGAGGCAAUAACCAAACAACAAAUGUAAUUUCAAAUCCGUUCACUAGCGAAAAUGCUUGGCAGCCAACGGUAAAUAGCAUAAAUAAUAAUAACAAUUCGCAACCCAUGGACAAUGCGUGCAAUUCAGUCAAUCCCUUCAGGACAAUCCAAUUCUCUUCAAAUAAUGCAGAGCAGCAAUGGUUUGGAGUUGGAUUACCUGGUAAUGGUGACGUAGUUUCGUCUAGUCAGUUGAUGACGCCGUUUUCGAGCAAAGCAUGGCAACCAAAAGUGACUUCCUAUCACGCAAAUCCAUUCAUGGUGGGAUCCGGUGUUGGCACGACAACAAGAAAUACGAACAAUCCUUUCUUAUGAUUAUGCAAGCCUAAAUUUAUAAUUACCUUACGAACAAAUAAUGCAAAACUAAAAUACUUAUAGUAUCGAAAAAAUUGUUUAUAU